GCCACUUUGGUUGAACAAUACUUAUCAGUCGAAAGUUUAUAUUUUGAAAUACCAUCAACAGCUAUUAAUUACGAGGAAACUAUUUAUGUAAAAUAUAUGGGUAAAGAAGCAAAAGAAAAAAUUGAACAGACAUUGGAUGUCUAUGAAAAAUUUCUUGAGGGAAAAUAUUAUUUGAUUGGUGAAUAUCCUUUGGCCGAUCUUGUUCAUAUACCUAAUAUCUAUAAUAGAUCAUCUUUCAAUAUUCAACUUGGCUUUUUGGAAUUAUAA